AUGGGCGCAAAGUAUCUAGGGUUAGAUGCUUCGGGAUGGAGUCAAAUGACAUCCACGUGGUGGGAUAGGGCACGACAUGAACUCUCCGAAGUUCCUACCGCUGUGACUCGUUAUAUUGAAAAAUUAACGGCCGAAACCUAUAAAAUUGGCAAACCCCGAUCAGAGGUGAAGACACCGCAGAAUUUCGGUGUUUACCUGGGAAAGUUCUCCAACCCUCCGACAGCGGAACAAGCUCAGCUUUUGUCUCAAUGGGAUGUAAUUGUUCUCGAUCCCCAGCAGGAGGGUGUUUUGGAUGCUCUCUCCACUGGAUCUUCUGCCGAUCACGUUCUGGGAAGAUUGGAUGUUCGCCAACUGGUUGCUACCGACAGUGGAUCCCACCGCGAUGAAGUUAUCCGCGCGAUCUAUGUCCUGACUGAGGCCAUGGUGAAGCAGCUCAAGGGGACUCAGAAUGAAAAGUCGCCUUUCACUGGAGUCUUGUUGGCAGACUGCCAUGCUCACCUUCAGCCGGUUGUGUUAAAUGAGGUUGUGAAAUUCAUCAAUGGUCUUGGUCUGGAUGUCUGGAUGGAAUUCAGCCCUCCGCAAUAUCUCGGCGAACGUCAAUGUCGCGAAAUCGACUGGACAAAUAUCCGAGGUGUGGUGUACCGAAAUGGAGCCAUCCGACCCGAUGGUGAUCGAUGCAACUACUUCCAGAUGGAGAAUAUGAGAACUGUUAUGCGUGUUGUCGCUGCCCAGAAGCCCAUUGGUGACUCAACCCUCGCCAUGUGGGAGACUGUGGAUGAUGGUGUCGAGCUUAAGCACGAGGUCCUUCACCGUGCUUAUAAAUGGUAUAACUACAACAGUGCUAUGAGCUGGAUUGCCCCUCAGAGCGCCCUGACCGAUGCGACAAUCGCGACCACCAAAACUGUCACUCAUGAGCCCAUCGGAGCUCUGAUGUGGAUGAAGAACGAACAGACACUUGCCACUCAUGAUCUCUGGAGACAAAAUGAGGACAUCUUGCCUUCCUCUGCUGGAAAUGAGGAUAUGUACGAUACCCUCGAGUCAUUCGUUCCCGAUCUCAAGAACAAACUCGCCAUGUUCCCUCCUGCGCCCAAAGUUGAUAAUACUGCCGAACUGGUGAACAUCGACGAACUCCAACUUUCAUCUCCUAACGAGUCCCUCAUGGCAAACCCCUUCUCUAUGUCAUCUGAGGGUGAAGACUAUACUUCACUCGGUUGCUUCCAGAUGGGUCUGGAACUCACAGGGAAAGACAUUAAGGAUCUUCUCCAGGGUCAGCGCCAAGUCCGGGAGCUCAAACUGCUGGAUCCGAUCAAGUCGACUCAGUUGAAAAGUAUUGCUGCCGAGCUCCGGGUUUUGCAAGAUUCCCAAGGUGAAGGUGCCCAGGUUGCGGGAGAGCUUCAUGAUAUUCUCAUCACCUGCGACGGAACCGACAACGAUCGCAUCCGCAUCUACUCUGGUCUGCACUCUGGUUUCCGUACUCGCAUGGAGACUCAAGUCUGGGGUAUGUACGACAGAACUGCUGGUUAUGGUCCUCUCGAUAUUUAUCUUUCCGGAAAGUGCGAGGAAGGACGAACUGGCGCCAUCCUGCACACUUACAUGUCAAGCAAAGGAUAUUCUCGCUACCAGUGUUUCAUGGUUGAGAUCGCCUUGGCUGCUGCUAACAAAAAGUUGUCUGAAAAAUGGGCUGGUCUGUCUCCCCGUAUUGUCAGCGAUAUUGAGCAGCUCACUCCUACUGAGGCUCUGCUCUGGUUGCGACGACUGUCUACCACUCUCUCCAAGGACUGUGCUCAAUUGACCGCGCUGGUUCGUGCGUGCACUGAACAUCAACUCAUUAUGGUUCCCUCUCUAUCUCAGCUUCGUGCUCUCGGCUCUAGUGAAUACUUGAGCGGCAGAUCCACCGGAGAUGAUUUGAUCACUGCACGUUUGAACUUUUACCGCGACCAAGGCUGCUGGGCUCCUGAGCUCUCUGCCGCCAAGGCCCUGUUCAAGGAAAUUGAUGAGCGUUUGCCUGAGGUCUUGAUGGCUCGAGACUCUCGAACCCUGGAGCAAAUUGCCGAGGUCAUCCAGACUGUCGUCCAGAAGGGAGAGAUCGAUGCUGGUGUUGACAUUUUCGCAUUGGCUGUCUUCUGCGCUUUCCGCCGUAUCUCUGUUGAUGAGAUCUAUCUGGAAGUUCUCGAUCGUAACCCUCUUCCCAACAUCCACACUGUUCAAGCUGCCUGUUUCGCAGAGAUGUACGCCCUCGGUGCCCGUUGCCAGAUGUACCUGGAUAUGACACCCAACGUUCUGGGUAAGAUCAUCACUGCUCGUUACCGCAAGUACUACACUGAACACCAGCCUACCCGACGCCCUGAGGGCUUUACUGAGAUCCCAACCGCUUACGCAUCCAUGGAUAUCGAUCUGGACCCCAAGGGUGACAAGCUCGAAAUUCCGUGGUACUACCGCGUUACCUUCCUCGGAAUUUUCGCCCUGCCAGCUCUGAUUGAUAUUACCAUGUUGACUACUGUUGGUCGUGGAUUGUACCUGACUACCUUCAUGAGUGACAUUGACAAGACCUUGGCCACAACUGCUCUCAUGGUUGCGCUUCUUAUUUGUGGUGGUUUCGGUAGUUGGAUCAGCUCUGGUGGAACUUACUACCUUUACGCAAUGGCCUUCCCUGCUAUGGGCAUGUUCAUCAUGACUCGUCUCAUUGCUGGAAUCGCUGUCGUUUUUGUCGGUGGUAUCAUUGCCAUGAUUGUUCUCGGCUGUAUCCACGGCUUUGCUGCAGGUGUUCUGUUCUUCCUCUACUUCUUCUUCCUGUCGACCUACCUGAUGCUUCUGUCUGUCCUCGCCAUUUACCAGCUUCCUGGAUUCCAUUUCCAAUCUGGUCGUACAUACAUUAUCUGCUGUGUCCCGAUUUUGUUCAUCUCUCCCUCGUUACCCUUUGGGUGGGCCAUGACUCGGUCAUUUACCUGUGUGUUGUGGUGGAACCGCUGGUACCUGGGCAUUCCCACAACUACCGAUGCCGAAGUUGUCAACUGGUAUGUGAAGCAGCACGAUUCUCCCACUGCCGCUUUCAUCAAGGAGAUGUCUUCUUCGACUAUUCCUCGCAAGGCCUUGGUUGAGGCGGUGAACAAGGAGCGCAAGCGUUCUCUCUGGUCCAAGGCGACAAGCGAUCUAUUCGUUCGUAAAAUGGCCGAGGGCUAUGACUCGACCAUUUUCCUGCUUGUCUGGUACUGUCGGUACUCGCGUACCCAGAUUCCCCUUUCAUACAGUCCCACUUGGAAUCUUCAACUGAAAGCAGCAGUGGAUACAAUGGCCGAUAUGCAAAAGGGUAUCCGAAUGCACAGCGCGUUCCUUCACUGGCGCCAUACUGGAACUGACGUCUGGUGCGGUAUUCUCUACUUUAUCAUUGCCCUGCUUGAUAAGUGGACUGCGCUUUUGACUGGAGAGUCCUUGGUUGGUCUGUCGACUGCAUCCAGCUCCGCCUACCGUUUGUCAGUCGGAUUCGGUCUUGGAUACUAUCUUACUGGUGCAGUGAUGCUGGACGCGGUUUCUCAGCCACUAUGGACUGCCGUCACUCAGCGGACUACAGAGCCUAUCUCUUCCUUGGAUAGCCUGAGUGAUGUUCUCUCUCAAAACAAGAAGCAAAGAAGGGCACUUUACUGGAAGAAUCUGGCAAAGUUCUUCUUCCUUCACAUUUGGGGUGGAUCCAUCACCAUGGCGCUUAUGUGGACCUUUGAAUAUAGAAAGACUUCCACCAUUAUGUACCUUGCCUACCUUGGGGCGUACAGUGGUCUUCUCUUCUACCAAUACAAUCGAAUUUUCACUGGCCCUCAAGCGGCAAGAUGUCUUGCUCUGGGUUCCAUCGUCGGAUUUGUCACUGGUAUCAUUCUUCACACCGUUGUCUCUGCCUUCGAAUGGAGCAGUGUUAUUGGAUUGGCAUCCGGAACCUGGACUGCUGCGAUCUACGCGCUGUUCAUGGCUGACGUUGGCUUACCUUCUUUCAAAUCCAAGCCUACGAUCAAGAAGUCUACUGAGGUCGAUUUAUCUCAAGUGACCUAUAGCUGCAGCUCCCUUGAACCUUACUUGGACCUCUCUCAAACCACCAUGGCAUACACCUUCGAGCACAUUCAGUCGCUUCCGGCUGAUGCCCGAUUCCGCAUUGACCCGGCAGCCCACCCGGGCUCUGAGGUGAAGAACAACAUCUUGGCCCUCUCUGGAUUGAAGAAGUCGUUGCUGGUAAAGGCUGCAUUCCCCGAUGCAGAGAGUUUGCUGCACGAGGUCGUUCGCCUUUGGGAGACUGGUAAAACCGUUGUUGAAUUCAUCUCCGCUGAGCACCUUCUUCAGAAGGAACAGCGAAUCCGGGCUAUUACUCGUUUGGAUGGGGAUAAUCUCCACAUCUUCGUUGUCGUUGAUCAUGGUCUUGGUGGACAGGACUGGACGACUAAUAUCCGCCGCAACUGCCAUGCUAUUGCCGAGGCUGUUAUCCAGGCCACCACUGAAUCCAGAUUGGGUCUUUCUCACGAUCAUUCCAUGAUGGCUGAGCUCCUGGUUGUGGAUCACCGUGCUAAUUUCGAGCUUUCGCUUCCCGAGGGCAUGAAAUACCAGCUCGAGCGAAACCCAGCUGAGUGUGCCCGUGUUGCAAAUCACGGUCGCAAUACCUUCCUUCGUCACCUUCUUUUGGGUGUUGAUCCUGAUCUUGAAUGGGACAAUCUUCCAGAGAGUGCUCGUUGCCUCUUGAUUCGCCGUUGUGCAGGAAAACCCGGAAUGGUCGCUCCCGAUGAGCUCCAGUGGCUUCAGACUAAAGCUAAUACUGUUGAUCACGAAGUUCUUUCCACCUAUAUCGCACGCUACAACUUGGGUGUUGGCAUGUCUUUGACUGUUACCUCCUUUGCACAGCGCUGGAUGGAGCAUGACACCUACCCCGACCUUCCCGUUCUCCUGGACUCCACAUACGAAAAGCCUCUCCGGGGACUUCUCCCUCCGGCUAUUGGAGCCAACCUGUCAUUUGGUCAACUGCUCAAGCUCUCGUUUACUCGUCUUCUUCAUUCCCUCAAGACAAUUAUCAAGUUCACUCUGAUUUGUCUGGUCGCUGAUCCUGAGUACCAACGAGAACUUAACUAUGUCCUUCGUGGACAGCCAAUUAUCUUUGCGGUGCCUAUCAAUAUCUUACUGAACUGCAUCUGGUCAUUCUGCAAGCUUCUGCAGCGGAUUCUCAUUCCCUUGUUCUGGUACAUCCACGGACGUGAAAAUGUCUCCGAUCUGUACAAGGCCACCAGCGGCUGGAAGACAGUCAUCGAGAAGGAUCGCAUUAUCAUUGAGAGUCUCAGUGGCCCGAUGACCUGUUUCUACCGACCUCUUCCCGAUGGCUCUGCUCGUCUUUACCAGUACAGCGGCAACCAUGACCAGGAGCCAGAGGACCAGUCGAAGCUCGUUGCUAUCAACACAUACUCCGGCAAGCUUGUCCUGUCUCGACGAGAGGAAUACAAGAACAAGAAGGUCAUCAAUGACUACACUUACGAGUACCCGGAAACCGCUGGCAAGCUCAAGAACAAGCCACUCCCCAUCCAGCGACAGUGUACCUCCGGAGAACUCACUGGCCAAGUCAUUCAAUACGACGAGCGCGGUUACAUCGUGUCCGGAUCUGCUGUUCAAGGUGUCAACCCAGUUAAAUUCCAGUAUGAGUUCCGAAAGGAUGCCAAGUUCGAUGACGAGCUCCUCAGUGGUGAAUACAUUUUCCCUCACAUCAAGAUCAAGGUCUCGUGGUGCAUGCCACCACCCUACCGUCCUGAGAGGCUGAACAAGUGGAUUCCCUACCCCCGUGUCAGCGAAGCCACUUUCGUCCAGGGAUCCGAUGUUCAUCACGCCAGAUGGACAUACGAUCACAAGUUCCAUCCUACUAUUACCACCAUGCUGAACGGAGAGGAGGUUCCCACUCCCGUUAUGAUCCGCGAAGAUUGGUUCCACGUUUUGGACAAGCCAAGCAAGAGCAGUUUCCUCCACGACAACCCCCUGUAUUUCUUCAACUCCGUCAAGACAAACUUCGUGACCCGAUUCUUGGGACUGAAUGUCAAGGCCCGCCGCAUUCCUACUGCUAAGGCUCGUACUCACUUGUGGAAUUCAUGGAAGAGCAGCAAGAAGUUCGAUGCUGUCACUACUGUUUGGCUUGAUGAGGUUCUCCUGAGAUCUGACCGUGUUCUCCGCCCCUACUGGCGAAACCGUGAUUUCGGUCGUCUGGAUGCCGCUAAGGACUACGUUGAUGCUCAUGUUGACACCAUUCUGGCUCGUGCUGAUAUCGACCCAGAUGUCAGUUCAUGGACUCCUAUGGCUUUCAAGAUCAGCGAUCUGUCCAGUUUCGGACAAGGUGGUGACUCUAGAAUUAAUACCCGCACACUGUCAACUCAGCUUCAGGAUACCGACACUCAGCUCCACGUUCUCGCUAUGGAUACUGCUACUUGGCCCAACGAACCCGGUGGUGUGUCUGCUUGCCGUCGUGAUAUGAUUAACGAUCUCAACGGCAUCAGAUGGCACAUUCUGUCUGAGAACGCUAAUGACUAUGGUGUACCGAAAUUCCAGAUCGAGCGCAAUGUCCAAUCCCUGACUGUACUUCCUCAAUGGGGUCUCGACUUCUUGAACCCUACUCACGGUGUUUUCCAGAACUGCCUUGACUCGGAAGUUGUUGAGAGAGCACAUGAUACUCGCGUUGAGGAUAUUGAGAAGCACUUCCUGCCCAUUCUUACCAAGCUGGUUCGCUGCGCUCGUACCACCAAUCUGACCCGCCAGCACAUCGAAGAGGCUACCAAUGCUCUUGUUGACUUGAAUGACUACUUUGAAAAUGGUCGCAGCUGGAAUGAUGUGUGGAUGAGCGACACUGUCAAGAAUGCUUGGCGUCAAUUGUGGCUGUCCGAGGAUGUCGAAGAUACCAUUCCAGCCUCCCAAUGGUGGAAUGCCGAGCUGCCAUCACUGCAUCAGCUUGAUAACGCUUUGGAUAUGUGGCAUCGAUACCUGUUCAUCUUCUCCAUUCCUGUGCCUGAGAGAAUCCCUGAUGUCUUCCAGGCCUCUCACCACUUCACUGGCGCAACCUACGGUAUUCUUUGCAAGGCUAAGCGCAAGUGUGCUCUGCAUGUCUGGGAUCACUGUAUCAGUUUCCGUGAGAUGACUGUCUUCCUGUCCGCUGCUGUAUCCUUUGACUCGACUUUCGUCAACACCACUCUGAUCUCUCUUGGUCACCUCUCAUGUGUUCUUAUCGAGCACCAUGCCGAUGUCGUCCUUCCUUGUGCCGAGUACUUCAACCCCGGAUGGGAAGUCGAGCUCGGAACCGCUGAGGGUGCCCUGCAACACCGCCGCACUUUCGCUCGCAAGAUCGACCCUGUCGUCAACGGUAUUACCAACAUGGAGAAGUAUAAGCCUAUCGAGAAGAUCAAGACUCAGACUCCAACCUGUGUCAUGUUGUCUCACGUUCGUUAUGUCAAGGAUAUUAAGACCGCCAUCAUGGCAACAGAUCUCAUUGUCAACCAGUGGGGCUUCAAGGACUACGAGCUGCACAUCUACGGAGAUAUGGAGCGCGCGCCUGCCAUUGCCUCACAGUGUCAAGAACUCAUCGCCUCCAAGGGUCUUAGUGAAAAGGUUAUUCUCAAGGGUCUCGGUAACCCGUCUGUCGUUCUUCAGGAUGCCUGGCUGUUCAUGAACUCCUCCGUCUCCGAAGGUCUUCCGUUAGCUAUGGGUGAAGCCGCCUUGACUGGUGUCCCCGUCGUCUGUACCGACGUUGGCGCUUCAUUCUGUGUCGUAACAGACAGAGCAACAGGCAAGAAGUUCAGUGAAGUCGUCGCACCAAACGACUACGACUCUUUAGCUCGCGCCCAAAUCCGUGUCCUCGCCCUUCUCGAGCAAUGGGCUCCAUUCGCAGAUGAUCUAGAAGGCGACCUCGUCCCGAAACUGGAGUUCCACCCCUCCGCCGAGGAGAUCCAAGCUAUUUCCGAUCGCAUGUACGCGAAGCAGGAGCAGCGCCGAAACCUCGGUAUGAAGGGUCGUGAUAACGUGCUUAACUCUUUCUCGAGUCACCGAUACCUGCGCGAACACGAGCAAAUGCUUUGGCUGGGUAAAUACCAGAGUCACAGUUACAUUGCUCGCAGUGCUGUUGCAUCGAAUAAUUCCAGUGGCUUGCUCAUUAAAGAGAAACCUGACUAUUCGAGACGUGUUUCAUACCUCUCUUCCGUUUCCUUCUACGCCGGAUUCGACUUAUCAGCCUAUUCCGGCUCGGGCAUGGAGGGCUCUAAGGGAUUAUCGGCAGUCUGGGUCUUCGGGAACUCACACGCCGGUAUAGUUUAA